AUGCGUAUCCCAACCAUCCUCCUCGCAGCGCUCCUCCCGCUUCUAGCCUCUGCAGUCGCCCUCCCAGAGUCAUCCGACUGCGCUACGGGCCCAAUUCCCACUACUACUACGACUAAAACAGUCUAUAAUGAUAAGCGUACUGCUACAUCAGACUGUUCGAUUCCAACCACCACAAUCACCAAAACCGUUUACAACGACAAACGUAACCCAACUUCUACGUCAUCUGCGCCAGCUGCAAAAUUCACCGUUAAAGUCGGCGGCUUGCAAGGGAAUGUGAUUGGGGGGACACCCAUCCUAAAGUACGACCCCGAAUUUAUCGACGGCGCCAAAGUUGGAGAUGUCGUGGCCUUCCAGUUUUUGGCAAACAACCACACGGUCACCCAGGCUGAUUUUGCGGCGCCUUGUGUACCAAAGGCUGGGGCUUUUGAUACUGGUUUCAUGCCCAAUACGGCAAACACACUUGGUGCGGUAACAAGUUUCUUCACAGUUAAAGAUACCAACCCGGCCUGGUUCUACUGCGCACAGCCUGGAAAUGGUAAGCCCCAUUGUCAAGCUGGGAUGGUAUUCGCCAUAAAUCCUCCCAAAUCUGGCGACAAAACACUCGACGCCUUCCGCUCUGCCGCCGCGCUUGUUCCUGUACCAUCCUCCACCCCUGCCACGGCCACUACAACUACCCCAUCUGUUGCUAGAGCAACAUACAUGGUCAAGGUUGGAGGACGUGGAGACGAUGGGAAGCCAAUCCUCAAAUACGACCCCGAAACAGUCAAUGCCAAGGCCGGUGACAUUGUCAAAUUCAAUUUCCUACUCGCAAACCACACUGUUACUCAGUCAAGCUUUGACACUCCAUGUACCGGCAUAGACGGAGGUUUCAAGACGGGUAUUCAGAGUAACCCUGGAAAUGUUGACGGGUUGUUUAUCAAGGAGUUUAUUGUGGUUGAUGACAAGCCAGUCUGGUUCUACUGCGGUUUUGGGGCCCAUUGUCAGGCUGGCAUGGUUUUCUCAAUCAACCCUGGCAACAAGUUUGAUGAGUUCAAAUCGAAGGCAAAGGCAUCUCCUCCCAAGAAUGCCACAGGCGGUAGCGGCGGUAAUGGUGGAAGCAAUGCAACCAUAACAGAACCAGUAACACAUAUCGUAAUCGUUGGAGGACUCAGCAACGACGGAAAGACACCAAUGCUACGAUACAUGCCCGACAAUGUCAUCGCUAAGCCCGGUGAUAAGAUUCUCUUUGAUUUCAAGGCGGCAAACCAUACAGUGACCCAGAGCUCUUUCGAGCAGCCAUGCCAGGCUCUGGACGGAGGCUUCAAGAGUGGUGUUAGGAUGAACCCAACCGAUAUCACUGGGCUCUCGACAUUCCAGAUCGAUGUGAAGGAUGAUAAGCCAAUCUGGGUGUAUUGCGGUGUGGGCACGCAUUGUCAGAAGGGGAUGGUAUUUGCGGUGAAUGCGGGCAAUAAACUGAGUGAUUUCCAGACCGCCGCGAAGAACUCGGCGCCAAGGUCUUCAUAG